AAUCUUGUCAACGGGGGCGGGGCUUCGGUGCCGGAAGUGGCGUAAGCUUUUCCCAGGGUGCUGCUGGCGGUUUGAAGUUGGUUGAAAAUGGCGGAGGAAACACGUUCGGAGCUCGAGAAACUGCAAGAUGAAGGACUAGAAGAGAAGGAAGAGAAAACUGUGAAAACUAAGACUGUUUCUUCCAGUAAUGAAGGAGAAAGUUCAUCUCGAAGUGCAGAGAAAAGAGCAGCUGACGAGAAAAGUCAAGAUGAUUCUGCUUCCGGGGAUGCAAACAACAAACCUACCCCUGCAAAAGUUUCCAAAAUUGGAUUUUCAAUAGGAAGUAUGACCGUAAAGAAACCAGCCCCAAUAUCCAUCAAAUUAGGAGCAAAUAAACCUAAAGAAAGUCCACCUGUUUUAGCUCCAAAGAAACCUUCAGUUGCAGCUGUAUUCAAUGAAGAUGAAGAUAGUGAACCAGAGGAAAUGCCUCCUGAAGCAAAAAUGCGCAUGAAGAAUAUGGGACGAGAAACACCAACGUCAGCAGGACCAAAUUCUUUCAAUAAGGGAAAACAAGGAUUUUCUGACAACCAGAGGUUAUGGGAGCGGAAAAUGAAGAGUCAGUUGCGGAACUUUGGAGACGAGGACUAAAUUGAAAAGGCAGAGUUUAGAGCUGUGAGAAGUGAAGAAGAAUUGUAGGGAUUGAGAUGCCUUCUAGAUUGCUUUGAAAUGGAAACUAUUUUCAGUGAUGUGUAUAAUGUAUACUUAAAGACUUUCUCACUAUAACUUGUAAUGAGUGCAAUCUGUUUAGUAAACAGUAGAUAACCCGUUCAAAGAAAUUUCAUUCAGAAAUAUUCAACACAGAAGUUGCCAUUUAGAUCUUUCAUCUCUGUUAGCUAUCCUUGAUUAUUUUUAGUGUGCCACUGUGGCUGUUUCAUUUGGAAUCCUGUAAAGUAACGUAUCUACAUAUCAGUUAAAAAUAGGAAGGUUCUGUUGAAUUUCACACCAUUGAAAAGUACAUGGCCAUUAGUUGCUUAGCUCCUGAAAACUGUUUCACAUUUUAUAAGAGCAGAGUAGUUUUGGUUUAAGUAAAUUUCAUGUUAUUGAAAAAAUUUAAAACCUACCAGAAUUAUUUCAAGACUUAGAUUUUCAAUGUCACACCUUCUUCCAGCAAACGCAUGAGCUCGUGAGGUAUUUCCAGGUUGUAUGUAAACUCAAGUGGGAAUAAUUUAACUUACCAAGCAACUUUUCUUUGCCAGCAGUGUAGCACAGGCAAUCGGUGUGUAUGGGGUGGCAAGGACAACAUAUAUCCUAAGUCUUGAUUCCCAUUGAUAUUCCAAAUACUGAACUUGUUUAUUGCAGAUCAUUAUUAAUGGAGUCAUGCUGUUUUGAAAAUACGAUAUAGCUGUUAAAAUUUGGCAUGUUACAUUAGAGUGUGGUAAGUACUUUCACUUCUAUUUCCAAAAGAUGUGUCCAAUAAAUAAUAGUUGACAGCAACUGUAGAAGUACAGAUUGGGUAUGAAUUAGAAAGCUCAACCUGUACUUAACUGAGGUGGUUAUAUUCGCACCAUCUAGCCACAGUUUCAUUGAAAUUCUCAUUGUCUUUUCUUGGCCUUUGCAAGUCUUGUAUAUUAGUUCUUCUGUAUGACCACGAUAAACAAUAAAUUCUAAUCUGGAAUUUGUUCUUGUUCCCAAUACACCUCAUGGCAUUUUUCCAUUGAUAAUUCAGACAUUAGGGAUUUGGAAGGCUCAUUUCUGGGCCCUUGAUCUUUCACUGAAUCAAGUAAUUUACUGCACUUGCCUCAGGCUAUUCUUAAGUGUGCUUAAUCCCCAUUUUAAAUAGGCAUUCAUUUCUGUUUUUAGGUUGACACACCAAAAUUCAGACGAGAAGGCAUUCCUUUAUCAGUUGUAGUGGAGUCUGUCUGUCACAAGUUCUAAAUAAUGACUUAUUCUGUUUUCUUCCACUUCCCAGUUCAUUAUUUUAAGUAGUAUAAAUCUGCCAGAAAUAUGAAGGUUAGGAAUAACAUCCUUGGAGAAUAAAUAAGGUCUCCAAAAAUGUCGCCUGUUUACUAAAAUCCUGUUAGAUUAUCUGGAAAUACAUUUGUAAGUUUGCUACAAAAAGUGAAGAACUAUUUCCCACCUAAGCAUUUAUGAAUCAAGGGAAAGAGUAUUGUGAGAAUAGUUGUAUGUAGUCAUGAGUAGUCUUCAUUUUCCCAUUUUAGUAGACUGGUAUUUCAUGGUAUAAGGUUGACCAAGAGGGAUAUGAUUUGAUUGCAAUAUAAUUUUAAUUUGGUUAUUCUGGAAGCUAUAACACCAUGAGAACAUCUGACAGUGCAACACCUAAACGCAUAUUUAUUUCUCUCUACAAAUCUGUACAUUACAGGCAAAACAAAUUGUCUCUAUUUACACAAUAUUUAUAAGAUUGUGUAAGUAUAUUUAAAAUUGGGCAACCUGGUUCAUGCCGUGACCUUUUUUCUUAAUAAAGUCAUUUUUUAGUGAAAUGUACCUGAAAUUUCAUCUGUAAAAGUGAGGAAAAUUUUGCACAAUUUAAGGUUGAUACCGAGGUUGUGCAAAAUUAAUUUUGCUAAGAUAAUUGCUUCACUAUUAAUUGUAGAGAUUAACAACCUUUUCUCACCUAAUACAUAUAAAGGACUUACUUUCAUGAUCAAGACAUGGUGCCUCAAACAGAUCUGUCCCUCUAUCUGCAUUCUUUCAGAGGUGGAUAUUUGCUUUUUGUUGGCCGUUUGAGUACGGUUUGUAACCAGGGUAGCAUACAAUGGAGAUGAAUUGUCUUCAUUGCAUCUGGUAAGUUGGCGGCUGUUGUAUAUGUGUAAUCCUGCUGGUAGAAUGUGAUGGGUGCUGUCUGUACCGAAGUGGUGGAAUUAGCAAAGCUUUUUGCUCAUUAAUGCUUAUGCUUAUGCUGGUAUAUUUGCCCACAUUAAUGUAACUUGACGAAAACACAUUCGGCUUGCCUGUGAUUUACCCCCUUAUUGACCAGCUCAUCAAUAUUUACUGAACUCACAUAAGGAAUAUCCAAUUGGGGGAAGGUACCAGAGAGCUACUAAUGCCCACAAACUUGAAUGAAAUAUUUCCCAGUUGUCCAUUGAAACCAGAGACAAUAUUGACUAACUUUCUGUAAAAACAAAUGCAUUUCUCAUUCCAAGAAGCAUUCCAUAUCCUUUGCCUUCACUUUAAGAAUACUCAAGUUACAAUUUCAUAGGUUGUUUCAUAUACUAGUGUAAAAGUUAGUCUUCAGUGUAAUUAAUGUGACUGUGGGAACUUCUUGUUAGCAAACUUGAGUAAUCAGGCUUGGGGAAAUGCCUUUAUAUAUUUUUCCAAUUGAAAAUAGAGGUAUUAAUUUGUACAAAAACACUCAAUAGAUGAUGCUGCAUUAGCCAUAUCAGCAGAUUACUAUUCAUGGACCCUACUGAGAAGUAUGUACACGUGGAUGUCAGGUAAGGAAACAGUCAGACUUUGCUUUGAACUACACUACCGUUCAGUAGCAUGCUGAUGCUCAUAGUCAUCAUUCUCGUGAGAACUGACAAUGACGUACUGAAGUGGGCUUGACAUCUUUUGGCAAAGGCCAACAAGGAGUAAUUGUUGAGAAGAGGGAAGGAAACUUGAUGAUAAAAGGGGAAUAACACUACAGGAAGAGUGUCUUUCUUACAGUUAAAGUUCUUUUUAACAAAUGAACUGUUGUGCAAGUAUCAAAAGUAGUGGCAGCUGAGACUUUAUUGCUUAGCUUGUUUCAGUGAGAUGGGAUCAAUGACUUGCUGUUGGAUCACUCAAAAGCAUCAGAAGCAUAUGUUGUACUUUGUCAACUACACUGUCUCCAAUUCAGCACUACUUGUGGAUACAGAAACUGUGGAUUGCAAGCUUAAAAUGUUGGUUAAAGCCUUCACAGAAGGUUGCAUUACACUGCUUGUUAUCACUCUGAAGACAUUGGUUAGCGUGCAUUUGGUGUUACACAUCAGACCUGUAUCUGAGAUUGAGCUAAGCACAGAAGUUUUGGAAGUUCUGUUACAGAUUCAGUUCACAUUAAUACUUCUGUGGCCUGUCUGAGUAGACUUGCCUUUCCAGGUGCAUGUGUGUUUUUAUUUCUUCCUCUUCCUCAAAAACUUUGCAGGUAACUGGUGAAUUAUUUGAAAAGGUUUUUGCCCAGCCAGAGGGGAAAAAAUCUUCAAUUUCCUGUAAUUCUUCAGAUUCCACCCACCAAACGCAGGAUCUUAACAAAUCUGAAAAUCAUUUGUUAUUGAAAACCUGUAUUCAAACUGUUUUCUAUGGCAGAAGUCUCUCGAAUUUUGACCUUCAUUAUGCAACUUGCUGUAAAAUGUAAAUGCACAAGAUUAUUUUGUACAUUAUGGAGUAUGUUACUUCUUAUGAGAUCAAAUUUGAGUAAUAUACUGAUACAAGGCAGAAUAUAGUUUACUCUGUAAGAGUUAAUAGAAUGGGAAUUGAAGUAAUGUCAAGUGAGCAGUUUGUUUCAAAUGGCUGUCCAUUGAAGAAUCAUUUUAUAUGGUUGAAAUUUGUUGAUAUAAUUGCCAUGACCUGCUCAUAAAUGUUCCUUUUUUUUGCCUUGCCCCUUAACCAGUGCAUGAUUUCUUAAUUGCUGAGGUAGAUCUAUAGCAAUCUAUUUAAAAAUCCUCUGUUGCUGUUGCAAUUGUUAAUCUGUGGUCAAGGUUACCUUUUCACAUUGUGGGAAUCAUGCCCCCCUGAAUGACCAAAAUGAGUUCAUGACUUCAGUUGCAAGGAAUCUCAAUUGUAAGUGCAAACUAUAUGCAGGAUUUGAACAUUAAAACUUGGAAUGUUUUCAUAUGUUAUUAUUGUUUUAUUUCAUCUUCUCUAAAACUUGUGCUGUUUAUAAAGAAGCUUCUGGUUGUCUGUUUCAAUAUGAGGUUUUGUUUAAGAAAUGUGAUUUUUAUUGUACUGACAAUGUAAAAUUUUGCAAUUUGGGCAGGAAAAAUAAAAUGUUUCUGGGUUA